GUAGGGAUAUUUCCUUAGCUAGAGGACUCUUGCUGAGGCUCUUACUGAGUUAGUCUGCCUGAGCAAGCUCGGACUUCAUGUGUGUGCUGGAGAGAGGGCGAGCAAGAGAGAGAGGGAGGCAGUGCCAAUGCAAGUGUGAAACCGUGACAGAGAAACCUAGAAGGACCGGCCAGAGUGAGGAGCACAAAGACAAGGUGCUGGAUGGUGGAGAUGCAAUGACUCCAUGACUGUGUUGCAUUACUUCAUCAUGUCAUCAAAAGGCUCGAGCAACCACAACAAACGUCUGGCAUCUGAGACAGACAAGUCCCAAAGACUGUUGGACAACGAUUCAGCACAGCAUCUGAAGCUGAAGGACAGACAACUCUUUUUUGAAGAAGUCUACCAUCAGGAUGUGAACAACUACCUUCCUUCAGCUCACCUGCAGAUAGACAGCAGAAAACCCCCCAUGGGAAGUAUCUCAUCUAUGGAGGUGAACGUGGAUGUGCUGGAGCAAAUGGACCUGAUGGAUGUUUCUGACCAAGAGGUCCUGGAUGUGUUCCUCAACUCAGGCUCAGGAGCAGACGAGGGAGCGCUUGCUGAGGUGGAGGACGACGAUGAAGAAGCUGAGGUUGUCUACCGGGUGUGUCCACCUUUGCUACGGCAAAAUGAAGUCCUCAACGGGUCCAAAUCUCGUUUGUCGUCAACGUCAUCGGGCUCCAGCGAUACAAGUGGGGACGGAGCCGACACACCUGUGAUCCAGUCAGAUGACGAGGAAGUUCAUGCCGACACCCAACUGCUGACCUCUGUUGCUCAGCCUAGGGAUGAAGAAACAGAGGAUGAAGAAGAGGAGCAAAGAGGCCCUGGUACUAAACCUUCACAAAGACUGAAGGAAAGAUAAGCAGACAGGGUGAAUAAAGGUCCAACAUCUUCCUCUUACUGCCUCUCUUCAUCUUCAGAGAAACCCCAGCAUGGUCCACCUGCUCUUGUUUGUCCUUUGAAUGUUAGUGUGCAUGAAUAUAUCUGCUCUUGUUUGUCCUUUGAA